UCUACAGAAAAAUGAAGCAGAGUCAUCUGAAAUAAUUCACAUCAGCUUACCACUUGAGACAGCCCACCAGCACCACAAGAUUUCAGAAGAAAGCGGAUACACAAGAAAUAUCCACCCUCUUGUGAAGAAGAAAAUUCAAGAGUAUGUAUCUCUAUGAAUUACAUCUGUGCCUUUCCUUAAGAAAGUUCUUCGACAGUUUGUGAACACUGAACUCUCGCCUUCAGAUUGUGUCACCCCAAAGUCACAUGAUCAGUGCUACUUUCCAGCUAGCCAUACCAUUCAAAAUCAUGUGCAUUUGGCUUUAGUAGCAGGAAAGUACUCUGGUCUUGAUCAGCUUAAUUUGGAAAUAAAGCUGAAGAAAUGGAAAGAAGAUGAUCCUACUGCACAUUUUUUUUUCAGAAAAUGCUCAGAGGCCCAAAUCAUAGACAUUAAAACAUCAUCCCAAGAUGGUGAUUGUGUCAGUGAAGAUAAGCCUACCAUGCUGAACACAUUUUUAUUUGUACAUCAGUCCCAAGAACAGCAGAGACUUCUGAAACGAUACGGAGACAUGGUUCUCCUGGAUGCCACAUACAGAACAACAAAAUAUGCCUUGCCACUUUUUUUAGUAGUUGUCAGGACAAAUGUUGGCUACAAACCUGUUGCAGAGUUCAUCUGUGAAAAUGAGUCCAUAAUUGCAAUCUCUGAGGCCUUGUCCUUGAUAAAAAAAUGGAAUGAUGCCUGGAAUCCAAAAUAUUUCAUGACUGAUUACUGCGAACAAGAAUACCAGGCACUUCAAUUGGUCUUCCCACAUGCUCACAAAUACCUGUGUGCUUUCCAUCGCGAGCAAGCCUGGAUUCGCUGGACAAGGGAAAGCAAAAACCAUCUCUCUGAUCAGGAUCGCAGUGAACUUCUUGGCCUCCUUCGUAGUGUAGCAUCUGCACAUGAUAGAGAAACAUGUGAGGCAGACAUAAGUAAGCUCAGGGACAGUGUCUUGUAUAAAACUAACACAGCAGUUCGAAACUAUGUUGAGAAAAGGUGGCUCGUGAUUAAAGAGAGGUGGUGCAGAGGAUUCUCCCCAAAUGGAUUUAAUGUUUCCGUAAACACAAACAAUGGCAUUGAAGCAAUGAACAACUCUUUGAAGAGCUUUUACCUGAAGAUUUCGGGUACUAAAACAGUAUCAUCUUUAGUUGAAAUGAUAAUUACUGAAUUCAUACCUGAGCAGCUCCUCUCAUACGCUAAACUUAAUUACACAUACAGCAGUGAACACAAGGUCUACAGUGGAAAUAAUUCACAUCAGCUUAACCACUUGAGACAGCCCCCACCACGCACCACAAGAUUUCAGCAGAAAGCGGAUACACAAAAAUAA